AUGACUUCGCCAAAUGGGCCAAAGGGGGCUCUUGUCGAGAGUCUCCUAAAAACCGAUCCCAAGUCACAAAAGGAGCUGGAGAAAGCUAUAGCAGAGAAGCAUAUGGGAUAUGCUUUAGAGGCUGCACAGAGAAAUGGAGAGCUGAUUGGCAAUAAUUCCACAAAACCGGUCACAAUCUCCUCGAUUAGACUCCUUGGCCCCUCGCACACAAGGAGGUCAUUCCUCGACGGAAUAUUCGAUCCUCUGCUUAGUGCAAACAGAGAUGGACCAUAUACAUUGUCAGAAGCAUUGCAGGAACUCAGUACAGCUACAAACAAACUCCGUCGACAUGGCAUUUUCCACGAUGACAUCUCGAUGUUCAUUGAUAAACCUGACCCUACUGACCCCUCUUCUACUCCUUCCGAUAUCGAUAUAUACAUUCGUGCACGAGAGCGAGGCGUUAUUACACUGAAAACUGGCACUGAUCUUGGCAAUGCGGAAGGCUCAGCCUAUGGAAAUGCCCAAUGGCGUAACAUAUUCGGGGGUGCCGAGACCUUGAAUGUCAACGCUGCUACUGGUACUCGAACUCGUUCUGCGUAUCAAGCUACAUUCGAGGCUCCAAUUUUGAGUGAUCCCGAUAAAAGAGUAGCUGUAGAUGUUUUGUCGAGCGCGACUAGUAAGCCGUGGGCAAGUCACGAAGAAGUCCUCAAGGGCGGAGGCAUAAAAUAUAGUUGGACUUCAGGCGGUGGCAGCACACAUCAAAUUGGAUACAGUGGAGUAUGGAGACAAGUGACGGGCUUGGCUGGAAAUGCGUCACCUACGGUACGCAACGAUGCAGGAGAUACAGUCAAGAGCAGUAUCUCACAUAUCUGGCUUAAAGACGAACGGAAUCACCCUAUACUACCAAACCAAGGAUACCUUUUAAAGUCAACAUCUGAAAUUGCAGGUUGGGGACCACUAAAAGGAGAUGUGGGAUUCUGGAAAUCGGAAGUCGAAUCUAGUGGGGCUGUCAAAGUUCCUGGGAUAUCUGGUGCAAGCUUGACCGCUGGUAUCAGAGCAGGAAUGUUGUAUCCGCUAGGCGUUGGAUUCGGUACUGCAGCCAAGCCAUCACGCAUAAACGAUAGAUUCCAACUCGGGGGACCGACGGAUGUUCGUGGAUUUAAGAUUGGCGGUCUUGGACCUCGAGACAGACAAGAUGCAGUUGGAGGUGACGUCUACGCAGCUUCGUCUAUUAACCUUCUUCUCCCAUUUCCCCGCCUCGACGUGUCAACCCCACUGCGCCUCCAGUUAUUCGCCAAUGCCGGCCGUCUCCUUGCACUUAGAAACUCGGAAAAUACAAGUGAGAGCGUAUACGGCACAGUCGCAGAACUCGGUAAGGAGAUCCCAAGCUUGGCUGUCGGAAUAGGAAUGGUGUAUGCACACCCCGUGGCACGAUUUGAAUUAAACUUUGGCCUACCCAUCGUCGUUAGAAAAGGAGAGGAAACUAGAAAGGGUCUCCAAUUCGGAGUAGGCAUCAACUUUCUAUGA